AUGAAGUGGUCAACAGUCCUCGUAGCCGUCGUGCUUUUGGCGUUCCUGUGUGGCGCCAUGGCCAUCCGUAAGCCCAGCUUCCGCAAGGGCAAGAGUUUCGCCCCCGCGACCCAGAUGGACAAGAUGUCGGCGAUGUCGAAGAAGAGGCCCACCCAGGAAGCGAGCGAGGAGAUGCUCGAUCAGUGUCUCGCCAGCCUCAAGCAGUCCGUGCGCGAUGAGAGCGAGUGGGAGGAGGAGCGCGACGAAUGUCUCGCCCGCCUUGCCCCCCUGGUCGAGGAGGAUCGCCUCAACGAGUGGUACCGCGACCAGAACCGCUCCCUGGCCAUCGGCUGUCUGCUGAACCUCACCCAGUGCAACGACGACAACGAGGCCCUCUUGACCCGCGAGAUUGGCCCCAGGCGCGAGACCGACGAAAGCAUCGUCAAGCACCCCUACGUCGCCAAGGAGAACCGCCUCCGUAAGCGCAUGCACGAGUUCGACGAGACUGUCUUCCUCGGUAUGUCCAAGCCCGCCUCGAGGGCCACCCGCCAGCGCCGCGAGACCAUCCAGUGCUCGCUCGAUCGCUGCGAGACCCUGGUCACCGAGAGCCUCUGGGAGAUUGAGCAGCUCAAGAAGAACGUGUCGUGGUGCGAGCGCGAGAUCGUCCGCAGGAAGGCCUCGAUCAUGUCCUACCUUCGAUUUGCCAUGCUCUACGAGCAGGAGACCGCCGUGUGCGAGCCCAUCUGGAACAGGUGCCGCAACGGCGCCCGCUUGGUCAAGCUGACCAUCACCAACGCCCCCGUCGCCGGCCUGCUGUACCAGUUCGACCUCCAGUCUGGCUGGGCCGGCUUCGCCAACAGGUCCACCUCUAUCAUCCCGGAGACCGUCCCGGCCCGGCUCGAGUUCCUUCAGGCGCUGGGGGACCUCGCCGACGACUUCAACACCACUGUCCUUGACACGAUCUUCGCGAGAAACUCUGAAGGCGCCGUGACGGGUCCCGUGGGCGACGGUGGCGUGCUCUGCGGGUCGCAGUCCUUCUCGGCACUCUUCGAGGUCUGGCCCGAGGCGAACGGCUUCCUGUUCGUCGGUUUCCCCGUGGUCGAGACCGAGGAAGACAGUGUCACGGUGCUCGGCGCCAUCAGUAGCAUCCAGGUCUUCGACGGGAACAACAACUUCAUCACCCGCGACCUGCCCAUACGCGAACUCGACAAGAAGAAGAAGCUUGCGAAGAUCAUGACCGCCGCCAAGGCCAAGCGCGGCCCUGACAGGCAGAACAUCGAGGACUGCGGCUGCGUGGGCGACGCCCUGCCCCACUUUGAGCGUCACCUGAGCCUGGUCGCCCUCAGCGAUGUCCGCACCUACCAGCUCGUCCCUCCCUACCCGACUGAGUCCCAGGUCAUUGAGGGCGGCGCUGCUCUUCUCUCCCUCGAGGAGCUCCGCUGGACCGUGCCCUACCCGCCCGGCAUCCGCCCGGAGGUGGUAGAUAUCCCCUCCGAGUACCCCCUCGCCGACACCCUCUAA